AUGGAAGAAAUCACCGGAAAAUGGCUCAUUGAAACUGUCUACCCCGACUUGGCUGUUAUGUUGAGGGUGCAGCAGGUUCUUUUCUCUGGAAGGACUGAAUACCAGCAGGUAGAAGUGCUUGAGUCUGACCUUUACGGUCGGAGUCUGGUUCUGGACGGGAAGACGCAGUCCACUGAACGGGACGAGCAUAUUUACCACGAGAGUCUGGUUCAUCCCGCCAUGCUGUUCCAUUCCGAUCCCAAGAGCGUGUUCAUUGGCGGAGGCGGCGAGGGCGGUACCUUGCGUGAAGCGCUGUCCCACAAUACCGUGGAAAGAGCGGUCAUGAUCGACUUGGACCAGCAGGUUGUGGAGUUGUGCCGCGAGUAUCUCCCCGACCACCACAAGGGCAGCUUUGACGAUGCCCGGGUGGAAUUGUUGCACCGGGAUGCCCGUGCCUAUUUGGGUGAAGCGGGCGAACAGUUUGACGUAAUGGUCAUGGACCUGGUAGAUCCCAUGGAAGGCGGGCCCGCAUACCUGCUUUACACCCGCCAGUAUUACGAGAUCGCCAAAGCCAGGUUAAGAGAAGGGGGCCUGUUGGUGACCCAGUCCGGGCCGGCCGGACUGUUAAGCCACCAGGAGUGCUUCACAACUAUCAAUCGGACGUUGUUGGCUACAUUCGCUCAUUGUGUCGGCUACCAGGUGCAUGUACCUGCCUUCCAGACACUGUGGGGUUUCAACAUUGCCUCAGAUUCGCCCAUACCUGAUCUGGCAGCCGCCGAAGUAGACAGACUUCUACUGGAACGGUUGGGUCAGGAAUUGGCAUUCUACGACGGAGAAUCCCACCUGAGUAUGUUCAAUCUUCCCAAGUUUCUUCGCAAAGGUAUAGCCGAAGAGACCCGGAUAAACUUGGACGAAGCCCCUGUCUUCAUGGUCUGA